AUGCAUCUCAUCUUGACUGGUGCCACCGGCCUGGUGGGCACUGCCGUACUCGACGCAAUGCUCAAAACCAAGGACAUCAGCAAAAUAUCCGUCCUCAGCAGGCGGCCCGUGAAGUUCCAGGACGACCGCAUCAACGUUAUCAUCCACCAGGACUUUGCCUCAUAUGAACGCGACAUCCUCGACAAGCUAGAAGGGGCUCAGUCUUGCGUCUGGGCCCUUGGAAUCAGCCAGACACAAGUCAGCAAAGAGGAGUACAUCGACAUAACAAAAGCAUACCCCCUUGCCGCAGCAAAGGCUUUCCAGUCUCUCCCACCCCAGACCGAGACCAAGCAGCCCUUCCACUUCGUCUACGUCUCCGGGGACGGCGCCACCUUCACCCCAGGCCGCUUCACCCCGUUCUUCGGCCGCAUCAAGGGCGAGACCGAGCUUGCCCUGGCCGAGAUGCAGAAGGCAAAUCCUUCUUCGUUCCGCGCCAGCACCGUCCGCCCGGGCGUGGUCGACUGGACGGGCCAUGCCGAAGUGAAGCCUUUCCUGCCCGACAUCGGGCUGUUUAGGAGCGUUGCGGGGGUUGUCAUGUCCCACAUCACGAAGCGUGUCGCUCCGAGCAAGUGGAGCCCCACAGAGCCUCUGGGGAGGUUCCUAACCGGCAUGGCCAUGGGGAUGUGGGACGGUGCUCUGGAGGGGGAGGGCGUCCAACGCUUGCCCAGUGGCUUCACAGUAGUGGACAAUAACGGGAUCAGAAGGCUGAUUGCGGGGGGGCUUGAUGAGGUGACUAGGCAUGGCAGGGACGUUAGUUAG